AUGCGUCACCUUCUCUCUUUAAAUCUCCUGCUGGUCGCAUCGGGCGCCCUGGUAUCCGCCGUCCCCGCAGGCUCCAGCAUCACUCCACCGCCGCCGAUCGAGCCCGCUCAAAUUUUGUCCUUCCAGUCACCUGAUACCCGAAGGCCAUGGACUCGAUUUCGAGACUGGGUCAUUGAGUCUCUUUGGAGCAUACCAAAGUCAACCAGCAGUCCACUGCGCGGACAUUCUCCGCCUCCCCAGGCCCUCGCGCGCUAUGGCAGCGAUGUGGUUCUACGGUUUACCCUGCGGAACGAAGAUCAAGCGGAGGCACUCGCCCAAGCGGCUGAUAUUUUGUUCCUAGAUGUUUGGGCAUCUACUCCCCAGUUCGUCGAUAUUCGUUUGGCUCAGGAAGUGAUUCCCUCGCUUCUCGGCCUGUUACCCAGUUCCUUACAAACUGCCUAUACCCCCUUAAUCGAUGACUUGGCGGAGAUGAUUUACGCUUCCUAUCCGAGUAGCCGACCUGUAGGGCUGACUGGACAAUCGGACUAUAUCCCAUCCGGUCGGCAAGCAACGCAGCUUGGCGGUGUCUUCUUUCAAGAGUACCAGCCCCUCGGGGUCAUUGUGCCGUGGAUGCGCUUGAUGGCCUCGAUGUUCCCCUCGCAUGCACAAAUGACCAAUGUGGGAGUCUCCUACGAGGGUCGAGAAAUCCCCGCACUCCGACUGGGAGUCAGCCGCAAUGGUGACAAGAGCCCCACGCCGCGCAAAAUCAUUAUCCUUACCGGGGGUAGCCAUGCUCGCGAAUGGAUUAGUACUUCAACAGUAAACUAUGUCGCUUACAAUAUGAUCACCAAAUAUGGUAAGUCAAAAGCAGUCACGCGGCUGCUGGAGGAUUUCGACUGGGUAUUGGUGCCUACGCUUAAUCCAGACGGCUAUGUCUACUCAUGGGAGACGGACCGCCUCUGGCGCAAGAACCGACAACAGACCAGUCUGCGAUUCUGCCCUGGGCUGGAUCUCGAUCGCACGUGGGAUUUCCAAUGGGACGGCGAGCGAACCCGCUCCAAUCCUUGCUCCGAGAACUAUGCCGGCGACGAGCCAUUCGAGGGCCAGGAGGCACAGCAACUGGCACAGUGGGCUCUCAAUGAAACGCAACACAACAACGCCGAGAUUGUCAGCUUUGUGGAUUUGCAUUCCUAUUCGCAGCAGAUUCUGUAUCCUUUUUCAUUCUCGUGCUCGUCUGUCCCGCCUACCUUGGAAAGCUUGGAGGAGCUUGGCCUAGGGCUCGCCAAGGUCAUCCGGUAUGCGACGCAUGAGAUCUAUGAUGUCUCCUCGGCGUGCGAGGGAACGGUCACCGCGCGCGCGCCGAACGACCGACGGUUUUUCCCAAUUGGUGGAUCGUCGGGUGGGAGCGCUUUGGACUGGUUCUAUCAUCAGCUACACGCGACAUAUUCUUAUCAGAUCAAGCUUCGCGACCGUGGCAGCUACGGAUUCCUGCUUCCUUCCGAGCACAUCAUUCCCACGGGGAAAGAGAUCUACAAUGUUGCCUUGAAGCUAGGAUCUUUCCUGCUUAAGGAGAAUGGCUUCGAUGUUGACUGGGAGCUUGAAUUAGAAGACGCUGGAGCGGUUGGUCAAUCGACGGACCACAGCAGACCCGGUGAGGGCGAUGUGCCGUCGGUAACCGAUGCGGAGAACCCGACCCACCCCGCGGACCCAGACGAACCAGAGGAAUGGGAGGGGGUAGACUGGACGGAAGAAGAAUCAGUUGAACUCCGUCGCUGA